CAGUUGAUUUGCUAUGAGUAUGAAAAUUUCCAAGGUCGAAAGGUAGAAUUCAGCUCUGAAUGCAGGAACUUGUGUGACCGGGGAUUUGACCACGUUAAGUCCAUUCGAGUGGAAUGUGGCCCUUGGGUCGCCUUUGAGCAGAAAGACUUUACUGGUGAGAUGUUCAUUCUGGAGAAAGGAGAAUAUCCUCGCUGGGACGCCUGGUCCAACUGCUUCCGUGCUGACAGGAUCAUGUCCCUGAGACCAGUCCGUAUGGACACUCAGGAUUACAAAAUCUCCUUGUAUGAAUGUACCAACUUCGAGGGCAGGAAGAUGGAGGUCUGUGAUGAAGAUAUUCCCAGCUUAUGGUCCUAUGGAUUCCAGGAUAGAGUUGCUAGUGUUCAGGUUCUUGGAGGAACAUGGGUUGGAUAUCAAUAUCCUGGAUACAGAGGAUACCAAUACCCUGAUGGAGUAUGGACCAUACAAGCACUGGAACAACUGGGGAGCCAACCAGCCCCAGAUUCAGUCUAUCCGAAGAGUGAAGGACAUGCAGUGGUACAAGAGAGGAAACUUUGA